UAUUCAGGGACAUGAAACAAUUGUUAAUCUCUUAAUCGCGAGCAAUUAAAUUCGAAUCAAAAAUGAAUUACCAAAUUGCACAUGAUGUUCUGCGGUCGAGAGGCAUUUCGAAAAAUGUUGUUGCUACUCGCACUACUCGUCCACGUGAACGCGUUUUAUCAAAAUGCGUACGAUGUUACUCAAGAACGUUUGGAAGUCGAAUAUUACGAUCCUACCUUCUCGAACGUUUCCUGCACCAACUACAAGUAUAACCGAACGACACCUACGUUUGUGUUAGCGAUAAACCUUAAGAUAGAUUUGACUGACGGAGAUCUGGUUAUGGUAACGGGUCACAAAUGGCUGAGUAACCGUUACCGCCUGGACAUACUGCAAUUCAACGUGACAAUCAAAGAUGGUAUUCACUUCAAGUACUUUGAUAUAGAUCGCCUGGUGCGUUCCUGUAUGACACCUCCCUUCGAAUGGCCUCCCAUCAAGGGGGUGACAUAUACGGUGAGAGAUUGGGUGCCUGAUAGCACUAAGUUUCCUCCGGGCAUGCCAGAAGGAAGGUGGAAAAUAGCGACGCGGGUUGUAACUGUCGACGGGAAACACCUGUUUUCUUUCAACUGGUAUUGCGCCUUGAAGUACAAGCUUAGAAUGGAAUCGAAGUAAUGCACGCGUUCCAACAAGUAGGGCAAUAAAUUGUAGUAUUUUACUGCCAGUAGUACUUAAACACAAAGUGUUAUUACUCACGCUCUAUUUUGGAUUCAAAGGGACGACUGCACACAUUAUUUUGAAGGUUAACAACUGCACAAUACACUAGGAAUAGGAGGUCUUGGGAGUACGCGUCCGAACAUCAGACGAAUAAAGCACCAUGUUCCGAACGAGUGACCAG